AUGCAUUUCCGACACUUGAAAAAAAAAAGUGCAAGAACAGAGAGUAAAUUUAAUCUCUUUCCUCCAUUCUUCUGGGAUAUAAUUAAGCAAAAGAAAACUACUUUAGGGAAGAAAACUGUGGCAGCAUUUAUGGCGUCCUCUUCGUCCAGCUCUCCAUGUGCAGCAUGCAAAUUCUUGCGCAGAAAGUGUCAGGCGGAGUGCGUAUUUGCGCCAUACUUUCCACCGGAUCAGCCGCAGAAGUUUGCAAAUGUGCAUAAAGUAUUUGGUGCAAGCAAUGUGACAAAACUUCUCAAUGAAUUGCUGCCUCACCAGCGCGAGGAUGCUGUCAAUUCCCUUGCUUAUGAAGCCGAAAUGCGCCUCAGGGAUCCGGUAUACGGUUGUGUCGGAGUCAUUUCCCUCCUCCAACACCAGCUCCGCCAGCUCCAGACGGACCUCAGAUAUGCCAAAUCUGAGCUCUCCAAAUAUCAGAACCUUGGCAUCACUGGCCACGGCCUCAUAGAGGCCGCCACGCACCACCAUCCGGGGAUCAACCCAAUCGGCAGCGGCGUUGCCUCCCGGGACCACCACUUCCAACACCGGUUCUUCCCCAGCAAUCAGCAGCAGAUUUUCAGGGCAUUUGAUGGGAACAGUAGUUAUGAUGCAAGCAGCCUUCUAUUCAGUCAGUUUCAGCAAUCCAGGGCCGCUGGUGAUGGAAAGUGA